AUGAAUGAGCUGACAAGGGAUGUAAAUGAGCUUAAAACUGAAAUGAAGCUCAUCAAAGAGGAUCAACAUGUUAUGUUCAAUCACAUAAUCAAAUUAUUGGGUGAAAUAAAACAACAGAAGAAUGUUGAUUCAGAUUCAGUGGAGAAGGAGUUGGAGUUCAACAAAGAUAUUGUUGAUGGGUUGAACGAUGAUGGGUUGAAGUUAAACAAAGAUCUUGUUGAUGGGUUGGAGAUGAACAAAGAUGUUGUUGUUGUUGAUGAUGGGUUGGAGAAGAACAUAAAUGUUGUUGUUGUUGAUGUUGAUGAUGGAUUGAAUGAUGAUGGGUUGAAUGAUGAUGGGUUGAAGAUGAAUAAAGAUGAUGUUGAUGAUGGAUUGAAUGAUGAUGGGUUAAAUGAUGAUGGGUUGGACAUGAACAAAGAUGUUGUUGAUGGGUUGAAUGAUGAUGGGUUGGAGAUGAACAAAGAUGUUGUUGAUGGGUUGGAUAAAAAAGAAGAUAUUGUUGUUGUUGAUGUUGAUGAUGGGUUGGAUAAGAAAAAAGAUAUUGCUGUUGUUGAUGUUGAUGAUGGGUUGGAUAAGAAAGAAGAUAUUGCUGUUGAUGUUAAUGUUGAGAAAGAAAACAAAGUUGCUGAUGUUGAUGUUGAGAAGGAAAACAAAUAUGUUGAUGUUGAUGUUGAGAAGGAAAACAAAGAUGUUGAUGUUCUGAAUGAGUUGGAAAAGAAGGAGGCUGAGUUGAAGAUGGACGACAAGGAAGAUUUGGCCACGAAGAAGAAUGAGUUCGCCACGAAAAGAAGGAGUUGGGAACGAAAAGGAAGGAAUGUGGAGCUGGAGAAGAAGAAGGAUGGUGAUCAGGAGUUGGAGAAGAAUAAGGAUGAUGAUAUGGAUGAGCUGAACAAGUGGAUGAAGCUGGAGGAUGAAGACAAGAAAGAUCUGGUUACUAGCUUUGCUGGUCGAGAUUUGUUUAGUAGAAUGUUGAAGCCUCAGAAUUGGCUACAUGAUCCAGUAAGCUACAUGAUCCACCCUACGACAAAUGCAUGUUUUUCCUACGACAAAUGCAUUGUCGCCUGCGAUAGAUGCAUUGUCGCAUGCGAUAGAUGA